AUGAUGAUUCCUUCCCUCGCCCUUGCCGCCCUCCUCCCCGCCCUUGCCGCCGCCAUCCCUUGCGUCCAGUUCGACGCCGACGACAACCUCUACGCCUUUGGUGGUCAGGAGGACGUCGCACUCGGCGACAGCAACGCAUGGGCCUCCCCCGCCCCUAAGCCCUUGUCCACCGACGGUCGCCCUCCUUGGAACGGCAACUUCUCACAAUGCCUGCUCUCCAGGAACGCCAAUGCGCUCUAUGUGCUGGGUGCCGACGCCAGCGAUGCCGGCGCAAUCUACAUCUACGACUUUGCCGGCAAUGCGUGGACCAAGCAGGUGACGACAGGCGCGGGUGACUCGAUGCAGAACUCGCGCUCGUCGGCCGUCCUUGACCACAACACCAACGUCAUCUUCACUGUCGGCAACACCAACAUGUACUCGCUCGACUUUGGCGCGGUCACUACCACCGCUGCGGGCUCCUUGACCUGGGGUAUUGCCAGCAGUCCCCAGAUCGCAAGCGAAGGCUACAAGGUCACGGCGGCUGCCGCGUCAAACCACAUCAACUACUAUGGUGUUCCGGGCUCCGAGGCUGGCUCGACUAGCAUGUUCGUAGUGCACUACAACUACUGGCAGCCGCAGCCUGCAAAGUACACCCCCGUCGGCGGGAAGAACUUUCCCGCGCAGUCGGGCCAGGCCGUGAGCUUGGCAACGGCCAACUCGACUCUGCCUCCGUACCAGAACCUCUUCGUGCCCAACGACUUGUCGUCGGCGUACAUUGUCACUCACUACACGGCCGACUGGUCGUGGAACGACACCAAGUCCGCACCCAUGGCUGUCAGCCUCGUCAACUCGACCCAGGAGCUUCCGGCGCCUACCGCCAAGGACACUGAGGCGUCGUAUGCGUGCUCGGAGACCCACUGCGUGCAGAUGGACACUAAGGGCAACAUCUACUACAUCAACGCCGUCGGCAAGGACUACACCGUCACCCCGGGCGCCAAGUGGGACAAGUUGGGUUACACCCUCACGCCUUAUGUUGCCCCGACUCCCUCUGACGCUUCGGGCUCGGCCACGGGCUCGGCCACGGGUAGCGCUGGCGCUGGUGGUGCGUCGAACCCAGCCGCGGCUCCCAAUGGCAAAUCGGGUGGCGCAGAAUCGACUUUCCACGGGGGCAUCCUCGGCGCUGUUCUGGGCGUCGCGGCCCUCGCGAUCGCAGCCAUUGCUUAA